AUGGAUAUGAUUUCGAGUCAGGUACAGAAUUUAAAGAGAGGGUACACGGAAUUGGAAUUGGAAUUGGCGGUUCCUGAAGCGGUAAAGAAGGCAAGAUCAAGUGCGUUGCUGCCUUCCGAGCCGCUGUACCAAAUUGGCUCCAAUUCGCAAUGCCCCACGUCCCCAACACUAUAUCUUCAACAGAACGAAAUACAGCGAUAUACAGAACACGAUAUCAUGCAAAUUGCUACCCCAGUGAAUGAAAAUCCUACGAGUUCGUGUGUGGUGUCACCUAGUAUGGAACCUGAUGCAGAAAUCGAAGGGUACAUGCUGCAGGGAUACUAUGACAAUAGCAAACACCUUGCUGAAUUAACGACUUCCUACAGCAUCUAUGAUAUGACGGAGGAAGAAAUAGACAUGAUGAUGGUCGAUGGGCGUCCCUCUAUGUAA